UCUCCCCCGUAUAUAUAUAUACAUGCGUUUCGCGAUCUUCUGAAAGCUGCCUCUCUGUCUCUCUCUCUCUCAAUUUUAAUCUGCUUGCAAGGGUUUGUUGGGAAGGCAAUUAGAAUUAGGGUUUGUGCGGAUAGAUCUUGAAUCACAUCUAUAUAAUACCUGGUUUGCUUAAUCCAAUUUUCGAAAGGAACGUGUCUUGGUAUCAGACCUGUUGUUGGAAGAUUUCUAUAAAGUGUAAUAUCUGACUGAAUGAUCUAAUGGAGUCUAAAGGUGGGAAAAAGAAGUCUAGCAGUAGUAGUAAAUCCAUGUUUUAUGAAGCUCCUCUAGGUUACAGCAUUGAAGACGUUCGACCCAACGGUGGAAUCAAGAAGUUCAGAUCUGCUGCUUACUCCAACUGCGCCCGGAAGCCAUCCUGAGAUUUCCCGAAUUGAGAAAUAAGCAACCAGAAGUUGCCAAUACCUCAGUUAUUUGUUAUUGUUUUUAUUUCUUUUCUCCUUUAGUGUCUUCUGUUCUGUUCUUGCUUCACUACAGCAUUUCUCUACUCACUUUACAACAGCAUUUAGUUCUCUUAAGGCAAGAUGGCCCUGCCAGUUUCUGCAAUUGGUUUUGAAGGAUAUGAAAAAAGACUUGAGAUAUCUUUCUUUGAGCCUGGGAUUUUUUCUGACCCUGAAGGCAAGGGCCUUCGCUCUCUAUCCAAAUCCCAGUUGGAUGAAAUUUUAACACCCGCUGAAUGCACCAUUGUCAGUUCAUUGUUGAAUGAUGAAGUUGACUCUUACGUCCUUUCUGAGUCUAGCCUCUUUGUGUACCCUUAUAAGAUUAUCAUUAAAACUUGUGGAACUACAAAAUUGCUUAAUUCAAUCCCAUCCAUCCUCAAGUUUGCUGAUAUGCUCUCCCUCUCUGUGAGAUCUGUGAGGUACACUCGUGGAUGCUUUAUUUUUCCUAGAGCUCAGCCUUUCCCUCAUCGCAACUUCUCGGAAGAGGUAGCUGUCCUCAACAAUUAUUUUGGCAAGCUUGGUUCGGGCAGCAAGGCUUAUGUGAUGGGUAGUGAUGAUAAAUCACAGAAAUGGCAUGUUUACUCUGCUUCGGCUGAAUCGAUGAAUCAUUCGUACCCAAUUUACACUCUAGAAAUGUGCAUGACCGGAUUGGACAAGAAUGCGGCAUCUGUAUUUUACAAGACUCAUGGAAGCUCUGCUGCGGCGAUGACUGAUGUAUCUGGUAUUAGGAUGAUUUUUCCUGAUUCUGAGAUAUGUGACUUUGAAUUUGAUCCUUGUGGGUACUCCAUGAAUGCUAUUGAAGGGGCUGCAAUUUCUACUAUUCAUGUCACACCGGAAGAUGGGUUCAGCUACGCUAGCUUUGAAGCAGUGGGAUAUGAUUUCCGAUUUUUGAAUUUGAAUCACCUGCUCGAGAGGGUCUUGGCUUGCUUCAAGCCAACUGAGUUCUCCAUUGCUAUACAUUCUGAUGUUGUCGGUAAUGAUCUUGGUUCCGAUAUCAGUCUUGAUGUGAAUGGAUAUUUCUGCGGAGAAAAGAGCCAUGAGGCCCUUGGCAAGGGAGGGUCUAUUGUUUACCACAGAUGCAUGAAGGCUGGUGGCUGUGGGUCUCCCAGGUCAACUCUGCAUUGCUGUUGGAGUGAGAACGAGGAUGACGAGAAAGUCAGAAAGAAAUAAUAUUGGACCAGAUGUUGUGGGUUUUCUCCUUUAAUUGAUUGUCUUGUUGGUUUGAGAGUAUUCACUUCGCUCCAUUAAAGAGAGAUAGUAGGUUCAUUCACUUUUCUCCAUUAAAGAGCUUUAUUAGGUUCAUGUUUUACUGCUCGUAUUUGCAUUGCUCGAUUUCUUAGUUUUUAGGUUCAUGUUUUACUGCUUUUGCAGCAGUCUUUAAUUGUCAGUGUGGUUAGUAGUUUCAAAUGGCUGAGGUGUUGGAACUUUCAAUUUGUUGUUUAGAUGCAUUCUAUAUAAUAAAUUUUACUUUAGCAGAUA